AUGUUGUGUGUUGCCUUCUGGUCUUUGGUACCCCAACACCCCUUCCUCUGUGCUUCUAUGUACAGUAUUCUGAGUAGUCAAGUGAUGUCACAGCGAAAUGGCUCCGUACGGGGACGAAGUUGAACGCUACGGAAACAGGAUGCCUGUCCGAAAACAUAGAAGGGACAAAAGUGAAAUCAGCUGUUGCCUGAAGUAUCUCAUAUUUGGAUUCAAUGUCAUCUUCUGGCUGAUGGGCUUGAGCAUAAUGGUCGUUGGAGUCUGGGCAUGGACUGAAAAGGACAUAUUCAAUAACCUAAGUAGGCUCACAAAUAUAGCUUUAGACCCAGCCUUUGUGCUCAUCGUCAUUGGAGGGAUCACAUUCAUCAUCGGAUUCACUGGAUGCGUUGGGGCCCUGAGAGAAAAUACCUGCUUGCUGGCCGCUUAUGCCAUAUUUUUGGGAAUUUUACUGCUCCUGGAAAUGACUGCAGGCAUUUUGGGAUUCAUCUUCAAGGACUGGAUCAAGUCUCAGGCGACCAAUGGCUUCCAAGCCUUCAUUGUCUUCUACAGGGACGACCCCGACAGACAAAACCUUAUCGACUGGAUACAAGAGCAGUGGCUCGGAUGCUGUGGAAUAGAAGGGCCCAAGGACUGGGACAUGAACAUCUACUUCAAUUGCUCAAGUGUGGAGGUUGGAAGUCGUGAGGCUUGCGGUGUGCCUUUCUCCUGCUGCAAGCGCCAACCAAACGAACUCAUCAAGAACAAGCAGUGUGGCUACGAUGUAAGAAGAUCGGAUUAUCAACGUGACAAGUCUCACGUCAUCUAUGAGAAGGGUUGCCUGCGUGCGGGGGAGGAGUGGAUUGAGGCUAAUCUCGUUCCGGUGGCGGGUGUAGCAGUAGGACUUGCAGUGCUUCAGGGCAAAUUGAGGAGGUCAGAGAUUGUAUACGAGCAGGGCUGCCUACAUGUCGGAGAGGAAUGGAUAGCAACCAACUUGGUGCCCCUCUCAGGGUCACUCUUGGUUGUUGCCUUUGCUCAGAUCUUAGGAAUAUGUUUCGCUCAAAAUUUACGGGCAGACAUAUUUGCACAGAAGGCACGGUGGCACUGACAUCCGCUUCAAGCCUGGGCGAAAUUUGCGAGCACGAGGUUCCAGACACCAGAGUGGCGCCACUGAUGCCGCCUCCAAAUCGCACGCAAGACAGACGUGCCCAGGUUGCUCUCAUAACCCUUUUCUGAGACUUCGCACCUUCGUGACCACGAAGGCCCCAAAAGGUACUUGACGCGAAGGCCACCGAAGCAAGCGCAAGAGGCAUGCACCUUGUACAUAACGUGUUUGCAUUGUAUGUGUUUUCAACUAGUGAUGUUCGACAACUGGCAACUGGUUUGCCAUUUCAUGAAAGCACUGUACUUGUCAUAACCUCGCACUCGUGGUUUCAUCGAGAGUAUAUACAAACUAGAUUUUAUUUUACAUUUUCGCUGUUUUAUUGCAUUUUGCGAGAGCGACUUACCGUGCAGUAUAGAGCUUUAUGUUGCUUAAUAUUUCGGAAUACCACCACCACGUCCUGCCUGAUUGACCUAGAAACAGAUAUGAAAUUUUACUUGCGAGUACUGUAGAAUUACAGCUGCGAAAAUUUCAUUCAGGACAGUAGAACAAUUUUCGAGAAAUUUGGCGACACACACCAUAGUAGCAGAAGCAAAACGUAGGAGGAGGACACGGAGCAUGUGCCUCACCCAAAACAACAGAAAACGUCACACACGUCACUCUAAACAUGUCCGUGUGCACCAGUCCUCAGUACAGGACCUUCCCGUCGCGUGGACUUUACGUGGGCAUUUGUUAGAAAAUAAUGUUACGCACUAUAUUGGGUUCUCUCUUCUUACCAGAUAGUGUUGUUCUAUGUACAUCUCCAAUGCCUUGUACGAAACUUUAGUUUAUACACAUUUUAAUCCUUGCCCAUCACAUGGAGUAUGAGCAAAUAAACACGUUCCGUCAUGUGUAAUAGUGAUGAUAAAUAGGAGAAUGAGAAUGUUAUGUUCCUAACAUGACUAUGCUAGCUGCUCCUUUAGUGUCUGUAGUGUAUAAAAGUGUUUGCUCUCUUUGCACACUACUGUUACGUAACUUCACACUGUACAUUGUGACACUGCCAGGAAUGGUGACACACUGUCUGUGUCAGUGUGUUCCCUUUGAUCUGUGCAUUGCACAUUUCUGGAACGCUAUCUACCAAGGGGUCAAAUAUUCAAUGUGCAAAGAACAAAAUGUUGAAGGCGUAUACAAGUGUAGUGCAACUUUGUGUCGUGUUCACCCCAAUCAUGUGUGUGAGUAAAGUGAGUAUUCCAACACCAAAGUAUCGUAGUACGCUCAACAGUAGAUUGACACAGGCCAUGUGUCCCCUGUUACAUACAAAAUGUUGGUACAUGCAGCUGCUACCAAACUGGAACCCUUUUGUACGUGUUUAAGAUGACGUUUCAGCUUCUUGAAGAGCAUAGGUAGGGCCCUGUAUUUUUGGAUUCUGUUUUUGAAAAUAGGGGGAGGGUAAAAAUCGGGUGAUAUUGGUGGGAAAGCAGGUUUUUGGGCUCAAACAUAGAAAAGAAAAGCACUUCUUGCACUUUAGAUGGAUAUAAGACACAAAACAGCCAUGCUGAAUGUGCAGUGCUUAAUUUCGGCAGUGCCCGUAAUUGUUAGUUUUUGGGUUUACCCUAAGUGACGAUGGUGCAAAUCCUGGGGUAAAAACGGGUUUUACCCUAAAACACGGGGCCCUAAGCAUAGUGUGUGUGUGUGUGUGUGUGUGUGUGUAGUUUAUACAGUGCUGUCAUUUCAUGAGGCUCAUCCUAGGAGGGUGUGAAAUGUUAACACUCGUUUGAACCAUAAUUUUGAAACUCCCAAAAUACAGCAGCUGCGUUGCUUCAAACGGGCUGCUGCGUUACUCCAUUUGCUCAGCGCUGUCUUUGAAUACUUUUGGAACAACUGCUUCUUUUACAAAUGUACAUAAAUAAAUACAUCGUACGUGUGACCCCCAUUUCGCUUAUGUGGACAAAUAACUAUUUUUAUCUACUAUGUCUGUGUAGCACUGUUCUGACGUUUAUGAACAUGUACUCGUAGAAAACUGUUGUAUGCAGAGCAUUUUAACUCUGUUCUUGCAUCUGCAACUGCUGUCUCUAACAUGCUCUGCUUCUUUCAAGAUCUGUGGUCAAUAUUAACGGCGGAUCCCUUCCCUUUUCCAUGCUGCCUUCACAGUGUAAAAAGAAAAAAAAAGUAUCUGUUUCCUGUGCUGUGCCAAAUGUUUUGCACCCUGUGUCACUUGUGCUAUAACACACCCUGCAAUAGUUUUUCAAAAAACCUAUGACUAAAUUAGAGACUUGGAUAUGGUAUAAAAUCUGCACAAGUGGUAGUUAGUGAACUUUUCUUUUUCCUACUUUCUCUGGAAGAUGAUUGCCAGAACACUGUUCGCAAACACACAAUAUUUUCUGAUAACUUCUCCAGUAUUUUGUGUCUUCCAGAGCACUGCUGUAGUUAAAAUGUUGUGCACAUGUUGUUAUUAGCUUGCGUAACAUAUUGCUGUUCCUUUGUAAUGUGCAGACGCUUCAGUAUCAUAUAUUUAUUUCUGUAGUUCCUGCAAUUCUAGAUCACCUCUUAAUGCUUAUUAUAACUGAGCCAAUGUGCAUGGUGUCACAUCUGAGUCAGACUGAGCAGAUAGAAAUAUAGAUAAGCAUUGCGGUAACCAAACUUUGUGUUUCAUACGUGUGGUCAAUUCUAGAUGGUUUGGUGAAGUUCAUGAAGUGUGUUGUGCCUUGGGGGUAUACGUCUAAUUCAAUACAAUCGGGCUGUUCCACAUGCCACUAUCUUGUAAUGUUUCAAAAAAAUGUUCUUGUUCACACAGCUUAAAGAGAACAAAAUAACUGAACAAUUUUGGAAGUUCAGUUUCACGAUUAGCACCUGCACUACUAAAAACUAAACAUUUACUUUAAAAAAAAUGACAACUCUCUGUUGGAAAUGAGACGAGAGCUUGUUUUGUGCAUAUGUUGCAUCUUCACUGAUUCAUCGAUCCUAGCAUAAUAAUAAAUAAUAAUAAUAACCUUAUAACUGUUCUGUAUCAAUUUUUUGUUUGUAGAUAUGCGUAAGCAAUAGUUAUGGUAAAUAAGUGGAAUGUAAAAAAGAUUCUCAAUGUAAAUGUAACGCUCUAAAAGCUGCCAUUUACAAAAUUUAUAACGCCUCCCUAGUACAAAAGAAAAGCAGGCUUGGCACAUUGACGGUUGCAUGUAGUCUGAACCGUUUGAUUUACUCCCUUUCAAGUGUGACACCCUGUCAACACUACUUUGUUCAUUCCCUAUUGAAAAAUCCCAUAUUAAAUCAUAUGGGUCUCGUAUCAAUUAAAACUGGACCCAUGUGCAUAUAGGCAAAACAAAAUUGCAGUGCUAGUCGUGUACAGCCAUUAUCUGUACUAAGUGUGUGAAUAAAAUUUCCAGAGUUA